UAUUUCUGAAAUUGUAAUCGUUAUCAACUAAUCCGAGCCACUAAUUAAUAAGACAAGGAGUAGAGCGUUCGUUAUUUGGCUUACCUGAGAGUUAUCCAUCAUGAGAUUGCUGUGGUGUCUGUUUGCGGUUAUCGCCGUUGUGGCUUCGGUGCCCGCUGACAUUAAAAUUUCACCAACAAGCGAGUCCAAAUUAUUGCGAGCAUUAUCUCAAAGUAGGGAGAACUCCCGAAACAGUCAGCUGGAGCAACUUAUUUUGGACCUUCUAGAGACUGUGAGGGACAUUAUACUCAACGGCUCGGGUGUAAUUCCUCCACUGGACCCUCUGAACAUAAGCCAGAUUGACCUGGACGAUGAAAUCAUACCGUUUCCUGGGGCUCGUGUGUCACUCACCGACACCGUAAUGUCAAACCUUGGAACCUUUGUGGUGGAUGACCUGAGCGUCACCAUGACCUCACUCCUGCUCCAACGGUACAGAAUCAUACUUGUAGGAAGGAUACCAGAACUUGAAGUGGAAGCAGAUAAAUACGACCUUGAUGUCUCAGCCAUGGGAGUCAACGUUUUUGGAAAUGGGAAAUUAAAACUCAAGAUUAUAGAUCCAAAAGUAACUGCCGACCUUCUGGUCAACCUCAGCAUUUUUGGGUCCAAUGGCCUAUCUUUGAACGUCAGAGAGUGUACAGUCAACUUCGGCUUGUCUGCAAUUGAGCCUGAAAUCACAGGAUUGUUAGGUCACGAAGGAGCUAGCGACUUUGUGAAUCUUUUUCUAAAAGAUUUGGUGCCAACUUUGGUAGAAUUCUACGAGCCUGAAAUCACCAGUUUCUUGAGUGAAACGGUGCACGAGAUCGCAAAUGACGUGCUGGCAGACCUGGAUCUUGGUGAUUUGAUCAGACCAUGAUUCACACGUUUUAAUUCUAUAAGAUUAUUAUUGAACAAUUUCCAUGAAAUAAAAAGUAUAUUGCUA